UGAUGUGCUUUAACCAAACCUUGACGUUAAAAACCAAAACAAUGCGGCAGCCGUUAACACAUUAUAGUAAAUUAAUUUUAGCUGGUUUGUUGCCCAUUAGCGAGACAUCUGAAGAUGACGUGUCGAAGGAAUCGAAAACCUACAAAAAAUUUGAGAAACGCAAGCCAGAUAAUGAAACUGGUGUUGAUAGGCUGAAGGCGAUGUUUCAAUUGGAAAGCGAGUUUCACACCAUAUCACCAGAGUUAAACUCAAUAUACCAAGGCGGCUUUGUAGGAUUUCUAAUUGGAGCUGUUUAUGGUGGUGUGAUUCAGUCUCGUGAAGGCUAUAUGCGUUUUAUGGAAAAUAAUGAGGCAACAGCAUUUGAGUCUCAUUUGGACGCGAAACGAAAAUUGCAAGAUCAGUUUACGAUAAAUUUUGCUAAAGGCGGUUUGAAGUGGGGAUGGCGUCUAGGUCUUUUCACAACCUCAUACCUCGGUAUAGUCACUUGUAUAUCUGUGUAUCGCAAUAAAUCUUCCAUCUUUGAGUACUUAGCAGCAGGAGGUCUAACUGGAGCUCUGUAUAAAGUAAACAUGGGAUUGCGGGGUAUGGCUGUGGGAGGUAUUGUUGGUGGAAUUUUGGGUGGUGUUGCUGGAGCUAGCUCGCUACUAAUAAUGAAGGCAUCUGGAACUUCUAUGGAAGAAGUCAGAUAUUGGCAAUACAAGUGGCGUACUGAUCGUGAUGAUGACAUAAAAGAAGCAGUAAAGAUUCAAUUGGAAAAAACUGAAAGAUCUGCAGAAAUAAUAAAGCAUCACGAACAGAAAAAAGGUCAUAAAACAACUUUAGAAGAAAUCUGAUUAGUUUAAUUUAAGUUUAUUAUUGUAAAUGAAUAAAAAAUAUAUAUGUAA